AUGGCAUCGGUGAUAAGAUGGGCACUUUAUUUACAUACGGAGCAGGAUCUUUGGCGCAUGACACUGAUUAUAUUGGCAUUUCUACCUGUUCUGGCUGGACUGAUGGGCUUUCUCACAACAUUUGUCUCAACCAGUGUGCGGAAGGAAAUGCGAGCAUAUGAAAAGGCUGGUGCUAUCGCUGAGGAAGUUAUCACGGGCAUUCGAACAGUAAUCGCUUUCAAUGGUCAGAACAAAGAAAUUGAUAGGUAUGGCACAAUAAUAUUUAACUGGGGACUCAUCGAGCCAGGUGCUGUCUUCGCAACAUUUUGGGCAGUAAUGAGCAGUGCCAUGUCGCUAGGACUGGCCGCUCCACAAGAGUUAGAAAUUGACUGUCAGAGCUGUGAUGGUGCAACGAUUGCAAAUCCGAAAGGAGAAAUCGAAUUCAAAAACGUUCACUUUCGUUAUCCAUCACGACCUCAACAGGAAGUGUUGAAAGGAGUCAGUAUCAAGCUGAAGGCGGAACAAUCAGUGGCGCUUGUUGGUGCAAGCGGCUGCGGUAAAAGUACGCUAAUCUCAUUGCUUCUGCGCUAUUAUAAUCAACAAAGUGGUGAGGAACCUAUUCUUUUCGCAGCAACUGUUGAGGAAAAUCUGCGCCUUGGUUGGUAA